AAAUCUUAAAAUAUAUUAACCCUCUAUCAGGAGGUGUUUGCUUUUUUCCCCCAGUGGUGGUGGUGGUGACAUCUCUGAAAUGCAGCUUAUAAUAGAGGGAUCUUUGCGUGUUGCACGUGGUGAUAUCUCUAGCUUUUCCCACGCCAAGCAAGCAAGAAGUUGUUGAUACUCAUUUUGUUGAAACAUUUGAGUCAAUUGCGAUCACGUCAUGCACAAUUACAAUCCCUUCGAUUUUGGAUCCUCGUCUCUGCUGCGCGGACAAGACGCUUUUUUCCCUUUACCCGACCUAACGACGUGGAACUCGAACUCACGGUGGAGAAGGCAGGAUAGAAGUCAACAGAUGCCCCAGGGUGGCAACAACACCACGAUGAGCGGCUCCGGCGGCUAUAAAAAUGGCUCACCAAAACCGCAGAACAUAUGGCCGCAGAUCAUAUGGCCGCAGAAGGGCAUAGCGCCUCCCGACGUAAAGCUUGGCCAGCUCUUCCAACCCCUUCAGCUGCAGGACCAGCAGGGAGCCCAAUUGGACAACGCAGCGCAGCAGCAGCCCGACGGUGGCCAACAAGUGGUGGAGCCCCCCGCCCAGUCACCAGCCCAGGCGCAGCAGCAGCAGCCCGGAGUGCAGCCAAGCGGCUUGCAGCCCAAUUCCAAUGUGCUCAUGCUUGACUCUUAGACUCUACUUGACCAUAUUGAAAAUCUACGGGCUCAGUUGAUAAAUUUGAACCUUUAUCAAGCCAACGGCGAUAACCGGGCGCAGAAUCAACAGGAGUACUCCGGCCCUCUUCAUCAUCACUGUAAUACAUAAGAAUGUUCUGAACCACAUGCCCACCUGCCUUAAAACGGUUAGCAACAUUUGUUUGGUGGCUUCUUCCAUGGAUGUUUUGCAUAUUAUGUCCACAGUAAUAUUAUUGUACUGUAAACGUUAAAAUUACUAUCCUGUAGAACUGAUGUAAUUACACAGGUGUAAACGUGCAAUACCAUAAAUAAAUUUGCAAAACCUUAUUUUUCUAAAAUUUUUGUGACCACUCAAGGUUGCGUUCGUAUUGAAAAUAAAUUAAACCAGAUGUGACAUUA